AUCUCCUUCUUCAUUUUACCUCACCCCUACCCUUCUCCCCCUCUCUCAAUCUCCAUGAAGGCUGACUUUUUGCAAGAGUGAAUGCUGCUUGCCAUCUUCUUUUGACUUUUUCUUGGGUUAUGAUGUUAGAGAGAGAAAGUUAGAGAGAGAAUAAAAGUCACCACUUCCUUUUUACCUCUUUUCAACCCCUAUCUUUGGUCAGCCUUUGAAAUCACCACCACCACCACCGUCAAUCUCUCUAUAUAUAGAGUAGAAAGGGGUGUACACCUAUCCAAAGACCCUUGUCUUGCCGUUUAUCCUAAGUUGAAAGAGAAAGAGAAAGAAAAAGAAACCCUCAUCUCACUUGUUACUCAUAAACACACUCAGUGUGAACAUAUAUAGUAACACAACGCAUCAAUCUUUACACCCCAGGCAAGUCUUGAUCAACACAAAUCAUCAAUCUUUGCAAUGGGAAGGCCACCUUGUUGUGACAAGAUUGGAGUUAAGAAAGGCCCAUGGACUCCAGAAGAAGAUAUAAUUCUUGUAUCUUAUAUUCAAGAACAUGGUCCUGGUAAUUGGAGAUCUGUUCCCACCAAUACUGGUUUGCUAAGAUGUAGCAAGAGUUGUAGACUCCGAUGGACGAAUUAUCUCCGUCCGGGUAUUAAACGCGGUAACUUCACCGAUCAAGAAGAGAAGAUGAUCAUCCAUCUGCAAGCCCUUCUUGGCAACAGAUGGGCCGCUAUAGCUUCUUAUCUUCCACAAAGAACAGAUAAUGAUAUCAAGAAUUACUGGAACACCCAUCUGAAAAAGAAGCUUAACAAGAUGCAAACCAACUCAUCUGAUCAAGAAAACCAUCAUAGAUCAAGGGGUUCAAAUUCAUCAUCAUCCUCAGAAACUGCUAUGUCUAAAGGUAAAUGGGAGAGAAGGCUCCAAACUGAUAUCCACAUGGCUAAACAAGCCCUUUGUGAUGCUUUAUCUCUUGACAAUAAAUCCAUCAUUCUGCCUGAAUUAUCCCCAUCAGUUACUGCAAACCCUAAUUCCCAGAUCCACCAACAAUCUGUAAUACCACCACCACCACCAGGUCCACCACAGAUCAGUCAUAGUACUACUACUUAUGCAUCAAGUGCCGAAAACAUAGCACGGUUACUGCCUAACUGGAUCAACAAGCCCCCAAAGUCUUCACAUACGAGCUCCGAAAGCAUCGGUACUACGCAGAAUUCGGUUAAAGAACAGUUUCCAAGUCCUUCAAGUGAAGGCUUUGAAACUUCACUACAGGCUGGGUUGAACAACAACUCAAACUACAGCAAUAAUUCGGAUGUUUCGCAUUCCAUUUCACCCGAAACGACAAGUUUAUUCCAGGAUGAAAGCAAGCCGAAUAUCGAAAAUGCUCAAUUGCCACCACUUUGUUUCCUGGAGAAAUGGCUUCUUGAGGAUGCUACUGCUCAAGAACAUGAAGAUAACCUUAUGAAUCUUUCUUUUGAAGAAACUGAUGGGUUGUUUGAUUAGCUCUUUUUUUCCUGUUGGUGAUAAAUAUUUGUUUACUAGGUAAUACAUAAGUGUUGAUCCAGUAUAGGUCAUCUAAUAAACUUCAACAGCUUGAAGAAGGCUAUAGGUUUUUUUUUUAGAAAGUGUUGAAAAGAAUUGUAAAUUUUAGUACUGAAUGGUAGGUUUUAUCUAGAAGUGUACUGGAUAGUCCUAACUCCACUCAUCAUCAUUCAUCUUCUCAGAACAAAUCUUUGUACUUUGAGUUUCUUUAUAUUGGGCAAAAUGAUAAUGAUGAAUGAGAAUUAGGUUUUCAAGUUUCU